UGUGGUCUCAGCAGCAGCGGCUUAGAGACUAUAGUGUUGUUAGUCCACUGUUGUGCAGGAACAGACAAGGCAUAGCUGAAAACCGCCAGCGGAACAAAUGAAAACGAAAACUACUCUUUGAUGUGGAUUAAUUCAGGGGCGAGACACUCAAUCGAAGCGAGAAGCUCUUUAAGCGAAUUUGGACCGACUGACGAGGAUUGGGACGUUUGCUACUGUACGAUAGCACCGCCGAAUGGUUUCUCUUGCCCCGCCGCUAAGGUUGCUGGCUAACAGAAACGGCCAAUAAUGCACAGCAUCUGCUCUGCAGCCACACCCACUUCCUGCCUGUAGAGGAAGCGGCUGUGCCAGCAUGUCCUCUCAUCCCCAGUCUGUGCCGCCAGGCCGGAGGACUGUGGACACACGGCACCUGCCAAACCCUGCCAGUCUACCCCUGCAGCUGCAACGGGCACACACGGAAGUGGGACUGGUUGACUACCACUCUCAUCAUGCCAGGGACUACAGCUCCCACCUGAACCAGCCCCAUCGCCGCCGGCCCUCCUUACUUUCGGAGUUUCAGCCUGGGAAUGAGAGAGGACAAGAGCAGCAUAUUCGCUAUGAGCACAUGUACCUGCCAGAGGCCAGCAGCCAAUCAGAGGUGGAGUAUGCAGAGAUCAAACGGCCUCGUUUAGAGAUGGGACCAGAGUCUAUGAUGAGGCCUUCAUCCCACCGGCCACAAUUGCCUAUGGGAGGGUCUGAGGAUAUGGGAAAGGAGCGUGGAAGUGGAAUGGGGAAGCUGGAGCCAAUCUCCCCCGUGAGCCCGGUCCACAUGGACCCUGACUUGGAUCUGGUGCCGGCUCGCUUCUCCAAGGAGGAGCUGAUCCAGAACAUGGACCGCGUGGACAGGGAGAUCACCAUGGUGGAGCAGCAGAUCUGCAAGCUUCGCAAGAAACAGCAACAGCUAGAGGAGGAGGCUGCAAAGCCACACGAGCCAGAGCGGCCCAUCUCACCGCCACCCAGCGAGGCCAAGCACCGCAGCCUGGUGCAGAUCAUCUACGAUGAGAACAGGAAAAAGGCAGAAGAAGCUCACCGGAUACUGGAGGGACUGGGACCCAGGGUAGAGCUGCCUCUGUACAAUCAGCCUUCUGAUACCAAGCAGUACCAUGAGAACAUCAAAAUAAACCAGGCGAUGAGGAAGAAGCUCAUCUUAUACUUCAAGAGGAGAAAUCAUGCUCGUAAGCAGUGGGAACAGAAAUUUUGCCAGCGCUAUGACCAGCUGAUGGAAGCCUGGGAGAAGAAGGUGGAGCGCAUCGAAAGCAACCCACGGCGCCGAGCCAAGGAGAGCAAGGUGCGGGAGUACUACGAGAAACAGUUCCCAGAGAUCCGCAAGCAAAGAGAGCUGCAGGAGCGCAUGCAGAGCCGUGUUGGGCAGAGAGGAGGUGGGCUGACCUCUUCUGCAGCUCGCAGUGAACAUGAGGUCUCCGAGAUCAUUGAUGGAAUAUCAGAGCACGAGAACACGGAGAAGCAAAUGCGGCAGCUGGCGGUCAUCCCUCCUAUGCUGUUUGAUGCUGAGCAGCAACGCAUCAAGUUCAUCAACAUGAAUGGAUUGAUGGAUGACCCCAUGAAGGUGUACAAGGACCGGCAGGUUAUGAACAUGUGGAGCGAGCAGGAGAAGGACACUUUCAGAGAGAAGUUCAUCCAGCACCCCAAAAACUUUGGUCUGAUUGCGUCUUUUCUGGAGAGAAAGACGGUGGCGGAGUGUGUGCUCUUUUACUACCUGACCAAAAAGAAUGAAAACUAUAAGAACAUAGUGCGGAGAAACUACAGACGCAGAGGAAGAAGCCAGCACGGCCAGCAGCAGCAGCAGCAGCAGCAGCAGCAACAGCAGCAGCAACAACAAGUGCACCGGGGCAGCCAGGAAGAGAAGGAGAAGGAGGAGAAAGAGAAGGAGGCAGAGAGGGAUGAAGAAAAAAAUGAAGCUGAAGACAAGGAAGAUGGAAUGAAGGACGACACCUCUGGAGAAGAUGCAGAGGACAAAGAGCCCACUGUGGCUUUCAAGGGUCGACGCACAGCCAACAGCCAGGGGCGCCGCAAGGGCCGCAUCACCCGCUCGAUGACCAGUGAAGUGGAGGAGACCACCACACUGCCACUCAACAAUGAGCUUGCUAAUCUGGAAAUGAAUGAGAGCUCUCGCUGGACUGAAGAAGAGAUGGAAACUGCCAAAAAAGGCCUUCUCCAGUAUGGUAGGAAUUGGUCCGCCAUCGCCAAGAUGGUGGGAUCAAAAACAGUGUCACAGUGCAAGAACUUCUACUUCAACUACAAGAAGAGGCAGAAACUGGAUGAGAUUCUGCAGCAGCAUAAAAUGAAAUCGGAGAAGGAGCGAAAGGCCCGCCGUAGGGGCAAAGCCCUGCAGAAUGAGGAGACCAGUGCCCCGUAUACAGCAGAGGAGGAGGAGAUGGAAGGUUCAGGAGCCAGUGGCAAUGAAGAGGAGGCCCCUGAAGAUGGAGAAGGUGGAGCCAACAACAGCUCUGACACAGAGAGCUUGCCCUCGCCACACUCAUCAGAGGACAGCAAGGCUAAGGAGGAAGGCUCGGGCAGGUCCAAGGCCAGCUCCACCACCGGGGACAAGGAGGCGUCCGGUUCAGACAUUGGCCAGGCAGGGGAUGAGAAGCCUCCAGUCAAGGAAGAUGGAGAAUCGGCCAUCAAGCAGGAGAUAAAGACUGAGACAGGGGAGCCCAACAAAGAACAGCUGCAGCCAACACCACCCAGCGAUGCCAUGGAUAAAAAACCUUCUACAGCAGAGAUGGAGGAAGUCAAAAGCUCCACCAAGAGCUCCAAGAAGCACCAUGGGCCCAAUGCAGGUUCCCGUGGGGACAGUGACUCUAGUGCCACUUGCAGUGCUGAUGAAGUGGAGGAGACAGACACAGACAAAAACAGAAUGACUUCUCCACGGCCAAGUCUACUGAACUACGCUCAUGACGGAGUCAUAUCCUCCGCACUGCAGAAGCCCAUGGACCUGAAACAGCUCAAACAGAGGGCUGCUGCUAUACCACCUAUUAUGCCAGAAGCCUCAAUGCAGGGCAGUCAGCGGAGUGGAGGUGGCAAGGCAGUGCUGCCCCCCCACGCCCUGGCAUUGUACCAGCAACAGAUCACCAUGGCUCAUGGGGAGUCCUCUCAGGAGGUCAAAAUGCAGCAGCAUCAACAGCAGCAGCUUUCAGGCCAGCCAGGCAAACAGCAGCCUUAUACCUCGCAGGCAGACCGAGACAGGGAGGCUCUUCACAGCAGCAGUCCUCGUAAUCGCCCGCACAGCCCCUCCACCAGCGACAAGGAUGAAAGGUCCCGGGCUUUCUCGCCGCAAGGUGAAGCCAAGAAGCAGGCACUGGGCCCUGAUGACCUGAGGACCUCCAACUUGGGUCGACCAGUGCUGUCCCGCUACCCCAUGUCCCCGCGAGACAUGGCCAAGAUCAGUCACGACCAGCAUCUGCUCCACUUCAACUCGUUCCAGCAAACAGGCCACCCCUCACUCCCUAAUCUGCCACAGGACAGUGGGAGGCUAGCAGCAGUGAGGCCCCUCACCAUGCCAGAGCCUCCGCCACUCAUUUCCUCCACCAAGCCAGGAGGCUCCAUCACACAGGGCACCCCAGUGCAGUUGCACAGCCCAGCUCAUGGGUUGGACCAUGGGAAGAUGACCCCCACACAGAUGGGGUUGUCCUGGAUGGAUCAGAGGAAAGUGGCAGGUCCUUUCCCCGUGAUAAAGCAGGAACAGUUGUCACCUCGCAGCUUGUCCUCUCAAGCUGACAACAUGUCAACCCAGGGCUCGCCUCACGAUAGUGCUGCUGGACGUGGUUCUAUUCCGGCUGUUCAGGGGGGAAGUAUCACUAAAGGCAUCCCAGGGACCAGAAUGCAUCCAGAUUCCUCAGUCUCCUACCGAGGGGGCUCCAUUACUCAGGGGACACCGGCUGAUGUGCUUUAUAAGGGAACCAUAACCCGCCUGAUCACAGAGGACAGCGCCAGCCGUGCUGAGAGGGAACGGGAUGAGGCCCUGUCUAAAGGCCAUGUGGUCUAUGAGGGCAUAAGUGGGCACAUUCUCACAUAUGACCGCCCGCCUUCUCAGCCCCCUAAAGAUGAGGGCCGAGGCCCCGGGCAGUCUGGGGAAAUUCUAGGCCUGAAGCGUCCUUAUGACAUUAUGGAGGGAGGCAUCUCUAGAGGACUGCCUAUGAGGGAUUCACUGUCUGCUGCCAACUGUGAAGGUCUGAUUGGUCGAGCCAUGCCUCAUGAUAGGGACAGUCCGCACCACACACCUUACAAGGAUGCUCAUCAUAUCCGUGGUUCCAUCUCACAAGGUAUACCUCGUCAUCUGGACCCUCAGGAUGGCUACCUGAGGAGAGAGGCUAAGCAGAUGAAGAGAGAGGGCUCCCCACCCCGUGGGCCUGGUUCACUUUCCGACCCAAUGAAGGGCAGAGAGGCCAUGGUGCCUACAGUGAAGGAGGCUGGGCGCUCCAUCCACCUCAUUCCCAGAGAGGAGCUGAGACAGCCUACCAAGGAGGGCAUCAUAGCACAGGGAACACCCAUGAAGCAGGAGGCAGCUGCUUCAGGGAAACGUCAUGAUGUCCGCUCCAUCAUAGCCAGUUCACCACGUUCCUACCACAAUGCACCCUCCCACCUGGAGAUGCGUGCUGAGAGGGGCCGCUACGAAGAGGCACCAAAAGGGCGGCCCAGCGCAGUGGUCAGUACGGCUAGUACGAUUGCCCGCUCUUCUCCGCUUACACUGGGGUCAGACCAGGGAAGCAAGACCCAUCAUAGUCCAGUGGGCUACGAGGACAAGGGUGCCUUAAGGGCCCCUUACCCUGGGCCUUCGCACCGCGGCUCCCCUCUGUCCAGGGAGGCAAGCCAAAGGCAGCAUGACGGUUCCAGUAAGAAUCCGCCUCAGGAGCGCAAAGCCACACCAACCCCCAGGGAAAUGAGUGCCACCAAAUCACCACUCCAAGGUGUUCCAGAUCAACAGACCUAUGAGCGUCUGCUGCAGGGUCUUGGGGCUGCAGAUGUUUACCGUCAAAUCCCCAUAGCCUUUGAUCCUGCGUCGCUGCCCCGUGGCAUCCCCAUUGACCCAGCGGCCUACUACUUGCCUCGUCACCUAGCGCCCAACCCGGCCUACCCUCAUCCCUACCCCUACCUCAUCCGAAGCUUUCCUGACACUGCAGCCCUGGAGAACCGCCAGACGCUGCUCAAUGACUACAUCACCUCCCAGCAGAUGCAUCAGUGGCCUGCAGCUGCUGCCAUGGCCGCCCAGCGCUCAGACCUGCUGAGGGGCCUUGCUCCACGAGACCAGCCCCUUCCUCUGCCCUACUCUGCAGCCCCACGCGGGAUCAUCGAUCUUUCUCAGGUGCCACACUUACCUGUCCUGGUCCCUCCCUCUGCAGGGACAGCCGGCUCCCCAAUGGAUCGCAUCACCUACAUUCCCGGGGGGACCACCACCUUCCCUGGCAGGCCUUACACCACCUCCCCCAUCUCACCUGUUGGAUCUUCGCACAUAAACAAGAUGCAAGGCGCAUCUUCAGAGCGUGAGCGUGAAAGAGACCGAGAACGUGACAGAGAGAGGGAGAGGGAUCGGGAGAGAGACAGAGAACGAGAGAGAGAGAGGGAGCGUGAACGCGACCGAGAGAGAGAGAGAGAGAGAGACCGUGAAAGGGAAAGGGACCGGGACAGAGAGAGAGACAGAGACCGAGAGCGUGACCGAGAGAAGGGCGCGUCUCUUGGAAAUGUGGAGCACGCCCCAAUCUGGCGACCAGGUACAGAGCACAGCUUGGCAAGCAGCAGCAGCAGUGUGAGACCUUCCUCCCAAACAUAUAGCCACCAGCACUCCCCAGUGUCUCCUCGCACCCAGGAGAAUGUGCAGCAGAGGCCAAGUGUUCUGCACAACACUGGGGGCAAGAGUCUUUCUGUCAGCGAUCACUCCAGCCCAUCUGUGUUUCGGUCCAUGUCCUCUGGGCCAGCUCGCUACCAAGGUUACCCUGGCCACCUCCAAAGGACAGGUGUGCCCCCUGAGGCCUACCCACCUGCCAUGGACUCAAGUGGAGCCAAAGAGCAGAGUCGCGAUGGAGGCAAAGCCAGAGGUGGUUUACCUAAGCAUGUGCAGGACCAGCACGGGCCCUCCAGUAAAUCUGACCCCAAGCUGUCCUGCCCCAGCCCAGGAGGAAUGUACCCAGGUUCCUAUCCCUCGGCUUCAGGCCGGUCCCAGCACCUGCUGCCUCCCCAAUCGGAUAACCCUCCUGGCCGUGGAGAAAGCGGUACACCUAGUAGGGAAAAGACUCAAAACAAACCGAUGUCCAUUCAGGAACAAGAGCUCCGAGCACUCGGUAAGACCACAAUGACUGCGGCCAACUUCAUAAACGCGAUUAUUAUGCGUCAAAUUUCUUGUGAAACGGGGAUGGCAGAGACGGGCUCGCUUGUUGCCAGCUGCGCCACUGAUGCUCAGCAGAAGAUGGAGCCACACGGUCUGUACCGUCCUCCGUCUGAGGAGAGACUGUCUCCAGGCCAACAGCCCCCGUCCCCCUGUGUUAAAGGCAGCCAGAGGGUGGUCACCCUGGCACAGCACAUCAGUGAGGUGAUAACUAAAGACUACACCAGGCAGAGCCAGCAGCAGCAAAGCUACCACGGCUCACCUGUCCUGGAUUUGACCCGUCCACCCAGUGCCUCCAAGCCCCCACCCACCUCACAGGACUCUGCCCAAGGGUCCCGAUAUCCAGAGGGCCUUGGUGGAGAACGCAACAGAGACCGGUCUCCUCCUCAGCCCAAGACAUCACCUGUUAGUGUUUCAAAUGAUGGCAUUGAACCAGUGUCUCCUGCUGGAGCCAGCUCUGAGCCUGAGGUCCAGGGAGGGGCCUCCUACUCCAACGAACAGGGAGAGCAAGGAAUGGGCUCCCGUUCCCCUCCCAAUACCUCCCAGCCUCCAGCUUUCUUCAGCAAGUUGACUGAGAGCACCUCAGCUAUUGUGAAGUCAAAGAAACAGGAGAUGAUCAAGAAGAUGACUGUGGUGGGAAAUGAGGUUGAUUUCAAUGCUGGUCAGCCAGGAACCGAGAUCUUCAAUAUGCCGGCAUCUACGAAUGCAGUACCUAUGAAUGUCCGCUGCCACCCAGCUCCAGAGACACCUGGUAACUCAAUAGGCCUGGAGGCCAUUAUAAGAAAGGCCUUAAUGGGCAAAUACGAUGAUCAGUCGGAGGAACGCUCUCCAUCCAACGCUGCUAACCAGAUGCCUGUAGCCGACGGACGUGUUGAAGACUUUUUCUCACAAGGUGGGGGAAAGUCCUCAAAGGGCAGCGGGCGCUCUAAUGGGCGCAAGGCCAAAUCUCCAGGACCAGGCCUGUCAGGGGGGGAGAGGCCAUCCUCUGUGUCCUCGGUCCACUCUGAGGGAGACUGCAACAGACGAACUCCUCUUACCAACCGUGUCUGGGAGGAUCGGCCUUCAUCCACAGGUUCAACUCCGACUCCCUUCCCGUGUAACCCCUUGAUAAUGCGUUUCCCUAGCGGGACGGUGUCCGCUCCCUCACCCUCCUCUGGCCAGCCGGGGGGCCAGGGCACUGGGCCGGCGCCUGGACAGGGCCGGUCGUGGGAGGAAGAGCCCAAGCCUCUGCUCAUGUCUCAGUACGAGACCCUGUCUGACAGCGAGUGACCCGGAAAUCGAUCGUACCACCACACCCGCUAACCAACUCUGUGCUGCUGCAGCCACACACACACACACACACACACACACACCCACACACACACACACACACACCUGCUAACCUACCCCCACACCAUUCCACUCUGCAUUUCCUCCAUCUGUCGUCAAAGCAAGGAUCGUGUUCUUCUCCUUUCACACACCUGAGAUGCCAAGCAGCAACGAGCUGAGACACUGCUGCUCCGUGUGUUAGUGUGUGUGUGUGUUUGUGUGUUUGCACUUAACGUGGUAUGCAUUCACUCCAGGACUACUCUAAAGGACAAAUCACUUUUUCUUUUUUUUUAGUUUACUACUUUUCCCUCACUGGCCUUAUCAAUAUAGACACAUUGACCUGCACCUUUUGGGUGCACCGCUCUGAUGUGCUGACACUUGUGUGGAAGGGACUCGGGGUGGUGGUGG